AUGGAAUUGCUCAUUCUGGCACAAAACAUCAUAUUUUUCUCAUCAGUUGCCUUGCAUGACCAGGCUGAACUGAGAGCAAGUGUGUUUGAGGCCAUAGAAGAGGAGGACCGUGUGAUAGAGGAGAACGAAGAUGGCGGGAAUCCUGCUUUGCUUGGUAGCUGCAAUGACCGUGCUAAGCAACUGCAUGCUUCACCGUCAGGUAGGUUAUUAACAGCACUUAUAGGUGAAUACUUGGAGUGGGCCCAGCUAAGUCACACGAUGAAAGUUUAUUUGCCAGAAUGUAAUCUGCCCAAGGACUUUUGGAAGAAUGAGCUAAAGGAUUUCUCUAACAAAAAUGGAGCUGAAGGGAGCAGGAGUGCUGAGAGUGGUCCCAUGCUUCUAGAUGUUCUUGAAGGAUAUCUUAAAUAUGAGAAUUUGUCUCAAACGAGGAUGGCUGGUAGGAGAAUGAUCAACUCUGAACCUGAGCCAACAUUGAAUACUGAGCACCGGAACAUGAGGAGGCCACCAUCUUCAUCUUCAGUCGCUGGCAUGCCUCCUAUGGGAAGGCAAAUGCCACCAUCGCAGACAUCAGACCGAAGAGGGGGCUCUUCCGCUUCCAAUACAAGGAAAGAUGAGUACAACUGGGGAUAUGAUGCUGAUGAUCUCUCGGAGGAAGUAUUGCGUACAUCCACUGCUCUAGAGAACAUCCAGUUAGACCGGAAAGCCCGAAACCUGACAACAUCUUGGAGGCAUCCAGGCAAUGGUGCCGAGUAA